UGCGGCUGAGAAGAGCCUGGUGUGUUCCCUCUCCAUAGUUCAUUUGUCCUGUAAGGACGAUUGAAGGUAACUGCAAUUGGAGAUUUCAACAUGGAAGUCGCAGGCGUGUUAGCCUCUUCGGUAGCAUCUAAGAUCAUGGCAGCAGCCACCGCGGCCAAGGUUGGUGGGGUGGCUUCCGGCACCUUCCUGGCUGGUCUUUCCUCACAGGGACUCUCCCUCUUAUCCCCAGCGGCCUUGGGUCCUGCAGCCUCCGCCCUUGGGCCGUUGAUGGCCGCCCUGGAUGUCAGCGCCCUGCCUGCAGCAGCUACAGUUGCCAUUCCCUUUGGAAUCAAGACUGCUGCAGUGGUGGCAGGAGGAGCUGCAGCUGUGGCAUCUGUGCCCCUGGUACUGGGAGCCGUGGGCUUCACUUCAUCAGGAAUCGCAGCCUCUUCUCUCGCGGCCAAAAUGAUGUCCACAGCUGCCAUCGCCAACGGGGGAGGCGUCGCAGCGGGCGGCCUGGUAGCGACCCUGCAGUCCGUGGGAGCGGCCGGACUCUCUGUGUCAUCCAAAAUCCUGGCAAGCAGUGUGGGGUCUGCCCUGGUGGCCGUAGCCCUCUAAGAGCUCAGCCUCCACACCUCACAGAGAAGAGGAUCAUGGGAACAGAGUUGGUGCCUUCUAUCUGGCCUGACCCAGUCAGGGACCAGUCUUCUGGGGAGGGGGGUGGGGUGAGGGUAUAACACACUGAAUAAGGAAUAAAAACAAGUUGUUGUGCCCUCCUUA